AUGGCCCCCAAGCGUAGUGCUGAAGUGCUGUCUGCUGUUCCCAAGCGCAAGAAGACCGUGAUGUGUCUCAUGGAGAAAAUACGCGUGUUAGAUAAGCUCCGUUCGGGCAUGAGUUACAGUGCUGUUGGCCGGGAGUUCAACGUUAACGAGUCAACAAUCCGGUACAUCAAGAAAAAGGAAAAGGAAAUUCGUCGAUCUGUACGUGAGGCUGCUCCGGAAAGUGUUAAAGUGACAUCUACAGUGCGCGAUGAAGCUAUGGAAAAGAUGGAAAAGCGGCUCAAUUUGUGGAUUCAUGAGAUGACGACCGAUAGAAGAAGCAUAGUGGACAGCAUUGUUGUGAGACUGAAAGCCAAAGAAAUUUAUGGUCACGUUACCCAGGGUCAGAGAAAUGUUAAACCCUUCUCAGCGAGUGCUGGCUGGCUUGCACGUUUCAAAAGGCGAUAUGGUGUGGAAAAUAAACUUGCAGGUGAGACUGCGAGUUCUGCAGAUCAGGAGGUUGCGGAAGAGUUUAAAAAGUACUUGCUAAGUGUCAUACAGGAAAAGGGUUAUGUGGAAGAGCAGGUUUUUAAUGCUGAUGAGACUGGCUUAUUUUACAAGGAUGUUGGCAAACGAACCUAUAUAACGCAAAUGGCCUCCAAAGCCCCUGGGUUUAAAUCAUUCCAUGACUAUGCAAUCUUGCUGUUGUGUGCCAAUGCCAAGGGCGACUUUAAAUGCAAACCCCUAAUGGUGUACAGAGCCCAAAAUCCUCAAGCUCUUAAAAAGAAAAACGUAAACUAUAUGCCAGUCCAUUGGAGGUGGAACAAAAAAGCGUGGAUGAUGUCCGAUUGGUUCCACAACUGCUUCAUCCCAGAAGCUGAACAGUAUCUCCAGGGAAGAAACCUUGCCUUCAAGGUUUUAUUAAUUUUGGAUGAUGCCCCAGUCCAUUGCCGUGAAGAACUUGAAAAUGCACACCCCAAUGUAGAAGUUGUUUUUAUGCCCCCAAACACUACAUCUCUCAUCCAACCUCUCCAUCAGGGCAUAAUAAAAGCUUUCAAGGCACACUACACGAGGGAGCUUUACACCAAGGCUUGGGAGGCUCUUAAGGCCAACAAGGAAAUCACCAUGAUGGACUACUGGAAGUCAGUCACUAUACGCAACGUUAUGGAUUAUGUUGACACAGCCUGGGACAGCAUCAAGCAGGCUACUAUCAAUAACUGUUGGAAAAAUGUUUGGCCAGACUGUGUGGAAAAUUUCGAAGGCUUUGAAGGUGUGACAGAAAACAUAAAGAACAGUGUAAGAAACAUACUGCACAUCGCACGUCAAAUAAGUGGAGAAGGCUUUGAGGACAUGAAGGAAGAAGAUGUGGAGGAAAUUUUGGCGGAGAAGACAGUAGAACCCACCAAUGAAGAGUUGGACGAAAUGGCAAAACAGGGUGUUGGAGUCAGUGAUGACGAGGACGGCAAUGCAAGUCAGCCUAAGACUCCAAGAAUUGUCCCUCUCACAGCAGCCAAAAUAUCAGAGUGGAACUCAGCCUUGGAAAAAAUUUUUAAUGACAUGGAAGAGUGUGAUCCUAUGCUUGAUCGCAGUCUCAAAUUUAAGCACCUCACCUCCACUGCAUUUGCCCCUUAUGCUGAAAUUCUUAAAGAUUUGAGGCAGAAAGCCAAGCAGACAAGGCUGUUGCAAUUUUUCAAGCCAGAUUGGGAGGGAGAUUUGUCGACUCCAUCAACAAGUGGCGAGCCAAACUCCUAA